AUGGGAAUUACUGAUCACAAGAGCAAGAAAGAAGAAGAAGAAGAACCAAUGAUCUCAAAGCCCUUGAGAUUUAUUGCCUUACAAAAGGGUAAUCAUGUCUUAAGCUCACUCUUCUUUGUCAUUGGUUUCUCAAUUGGUCUCUUCCUUUGCCUGCAACUAAAAGCCUUCCACAUGUCGACGACGAAGACACAGCAACAACCCUUAUGGUCCACAUUAUUCAUCAACCACACAACAACAACGGAGGAGAUCAAACAAGAGUUACAGCUGCAAGUACUUAAACACAACAUGAGUGAUCAAGAACUCUUCACCAAGGUCUCGUCCUUAUCACCACCAUCAUCAUCCUCAUCCUCAUUAUCAUCAUCGUGGUUUGGGAGGAGACAAAAUGAUGAUGAGAAGAUAGUGGCGAAAGUGGCUUUCAUGUUCUUGACAGGUGGCCGACUCCCAUUGGCUGCUUUGUGGGAUAAGUUCUUCGAAGGACAUAAAGGGUUUUAUUCCAUAUAUGUUCAUACUAAUCCAUCUUUUCAAGACCAUUACCCUGAAUCUUCCGUCUUCUACUCAAGAAGAAUCCCAAGCCAGGCUGUAUAUUGGGGAACAUCAACAAUGGUAGACGCAGAGAGAAGACUCUUAGCCAACGCUCUCCUCGACGAGUCAAACCAAAGAUUCGUCCUCUUGUCCGAUUCUUGCAUCCCACUCUUCAAUUUCACAACCAUCUACGAUUACUUAACCGGCACUAAUCUCAGCUUCAUCGGCUCAUUCGACGACCCAAGAAAAUCCGGUCGAGGCCGUUACAACUACACAAUGUAUCCACAAAUCAAUAUCACACAUUGGAGAAAAGGAUCACAAUGGUUUGAAGCAACUCGCGAGCUUGCUCUUCACAUCAUUACGGACACGGUUUAUUACAAAGUGUUUGAUCAGCAUUGCAAACCGCCUUGUUACAUGGACGAGCACUAUAUCCCGACUCUAGUUCACAUGCUGCAUGGAGAGAUGAGCUCGAACCGGACCUUGACGUGGGUUGAUUGGUCGAGAGCCGGUCCACAUCCUGGUCGGUUUAUUUGGCCUGAUGUGACCGAUGAGUUUCUUAACCGGAUCCGGUUUACAGAGAAGUGUGCGUACUAUGGUCGUGACGGAGAGAAUAUUACGACUUCUACGUGUUUAUUAUUUGCGAGAAAGUUUACAGCCGAGACUUUAGAACCUUUGUUAAGAAUUUCACCUGCUGUUCUUGGAUUUGGUCCGUAA